GGGAAGAACAGGCACGGCGCCGCACGCCCUUCUCACGGCGCCUUGGCACGCUCGCGCCCUCGCGUUGCUCCUCCUCUGGCCUCGGUGGUGCCGCGGGGAGGAGGUUCUUCUCUGCGGUUCGUCUGAGGGCGCUGGGUCGCAGGGCCUUCUCGGGAGUCAGAAGCGACGAGGACGUGACUAUUGUUCUGCCGCGACGCCGCAGGAAGGCCAAGAUGCGCAACUCUCAUAACAAAACCUUAGCCUCCUCUUCUCACGCUCAUUUCGCAGAGACUGUGCAAGAACAGUGCAAGGGGUAGUUUAUUUUACCAAGGGGAGGGGAAAGAGGCAAGGAGGAGGGCAUGCGGGCAAUGGCAGAUAUUGAUCAGCUGAUUCCGUCCAGCAGCCGACGCACAGGACGCAGCUCGUUCUCUGGACAGACUUUGCGUGGCAUCGCUCACUUCUCUUCGAUUUUACAAAUCGCUGCAGGAUAUAUUAAAAAAACAUGAGCACAGUCUGGCUGUUGAAGUCAUCUGACUCAGAUGAUGAUAGAUAUGCAGAUGCACUGUCAAAAGCAAGCUUUGUGGCAGUACAUGUACCCACUUUAAGUUUCAAGUUCACCAACCAUGGGCCAUUGAAGAAUGCCUUGCAACAACCUGAGAACCACAGUGGCAUUAUUUUUACAAGUAAAAGGGCAGUAGAGGCUGUCACUGAGAUUUACAAAAAUCUUAGUGUGGACUGUCAUCAUUCCUGGAGUGAGAAGAAAAUUUUUGUUAUUGGAGAAGCCACAGGAAGAGCUGUUCAGCAGCACUUGAAACUCAGUCACAUUGGCCAGGAAUCGGGCAAUGCAUUGCAGCUUGCCCCCAUCAUUAUGAGAGAGAUUGUUGCAUUUGACAAGCCUCUCUUGUAUCCUUGUGGGAACUUAGGGAGGGAUGAGCUACCCAAGCUUCUGGCUCAGGAAGACCGGGACUUCCGAGCGCUCACAGUUUAUGAAACUCAGGAACAUCCUCAGCUCAAGGAUGCUGUCUCGAAGCACCAUUCCACAGGGAAAAUGCCUUCACAUUUGGUGUUCUUUAGUCCAUCUGGAGUGAAGUUUGUUUUGCCAAAACUGAAGUCUGUGGGGAUGUCAUUAACCGGUGUUAAAAUUAUUGCAAUAGGACCUGCAACCAAUGCUGCCCUUGUGCAAGAGAAUAUACCCGUGCAUGCAGUCUGUUCUAUACCAUCUCCUGAGGGUCUUUUGCAUAUUCUGAAAAGUCCUUUAUAGAUUCUGAAGUACAAUAGAAUAAAUCUGAUAGCUGUGAGUUUGUUGUGCCUUUGCAAUGGAAGCUAAAAUGAUUGUACUUGUUGCAUUAUGAUGGUUAAGGAUUCUUGGCACAAAUUUUAGAAUGUUGAUCCCAUCUAGGAUUUUCACCUUUUUUCAAAAGUACAUUUAAAAAAUAACCUAAAGAAAUAUAUGCACUAUAUAUUCAAUAGGUAUGAAAACUAUUUUGAGAAAAUAAAAAUUGAAAAUGUUU